AUUGUAUGUAAUCGAAUUACUCGACAGAGUGGGUGCGGUUAGGGUUUGACCACAUUUUCAAUAAUUUUAUUGUCAACUAUUAGUUUAAAUUUGAAAAUAAACCGUCAAAAUGACGAUUUUGGAAUCGUGUUGGUCGCCCAUUAUUUGGACAAAUAAUAUAAAAACUGGGAGUAAAGCGAUAGCUUUUUACACUGUGGCAAUGAGUGUUGUUAUGAUCACACUUAUUGUUUAUCAAAUGUGCGGAGGAGAUUCCACCCAACUUUAUAAUCCACUUUUCGAAGCAGAUGUGAGGCUCUCUUUACAAGCCGUCGGAGGAUUUUUUAUCGUCUACUUUUUUUUGAUGAUUGUUUCUGCAAGGUGUAUUUUGAUCGGCAUCAAUGAACGUGUCAGAGGGUGGUUACUACCUUGGCUCAUCACCUGGUUCAUUUUUUGUGCCUUUCAAUUAGUUUUCGGGCUGUGGUUAUUAGGAGGAUAUUAUAUCUAUCUUCAAGUUGUCUUGCCGACGCUCAUUAACUGGCUUUGGAUGGGAUACAAUUUUUACUGCUGGCUAUGUGUACUGUCAGUAUACAAAUUAUUCCAGGAAAUACAGUCACCCAAUAUCGAAUUACUGUGGCCGUAAAUUAAAAUUUUGCAAUUAUUUACAAGUGACCUUAUGAAAUUUUCUUUUUUUUUUACUAUUUUUCUCAAAGUAUUUGAAGCUUAGGUUAAUUUAGCGGUUAAGUAAUCAAUUUUUACAGUGCAAAAGUGACAAUUGUUUUUUAAUGUUUAUAGUGUUAGUUUUUAUUUUAUUAUACUUUUUGUUCAGUGACGAUCAAAGACUGAAAAUGGUUAGAAAACCAUCCGUCCAAAUUUGAUCUGUCGCCAUUUGUAAUUUAGAUUUAGGAAGUAAUUUUUUAACAUUGUAUGAAAAAGUUUGAUAUUAUUUAGAGAUAUAUAAGCAAUGAAAUUUUUAAUGAACAGUGCACUUACAUUUUUUUUUUUAACG